AUGGAUUCCCAUCCGCAUACCGAGGACCGGGACCUGUUCCCCAGCAUUCCCACUCACUCCAGCGCACCCGCGUCUCUGCGUUGCUGCUGUGGCCGCCAGGACUGUGCACUGCUCGAGCAUAAUAACGUUGCGCUUGAGGGGUUGGAAAAGGAUCUUGCAACGGCUGCAAGACUAGGUCAGGCUCUUCUCCAUCGUCAUGAGAGUUACAUGGCCGAGGCGGAAGAGGACCGCCAGCGGCUCGUGGAUAGUGUUGAUGCGCUAGAGCGCGAGAACCGCCAGGUUCAGGCUGACAAUGCGCGUAUUGUCGAGGAGAACCGCUCGCUGCUGGAGCAGCUGGAUGGUCUGAAUAAGGCUGUUGCUGAGUCCGAUGAGCAUGUUCAGGCCUUGACGCUUACACUGGAGACUACUCAGGCUGAGCUGCGCCGGUUGACUGUUGCUGCGUCUAGGGCUGCGGACCUGGAGGCGCAGUUGGUUCUUAUGGAGACGGACCAGUCGAGGUUGCAGGACACUUUGUCUUCGGUGCAGGAAGAUGAGAGAUCGGCCGUGCAAAGGUGGAGGAAUGCUGAGACUACGUUGCGUGAUCUUAGUGAUCAGGUUGAACGCAUUGAAGCCGAAGCUCGGGAAGAGCGUGAACGACAUGAAGAACUUGUCGAACGCAUGGAGCGCAAGCGACUUGUGGAGCGGGAGCUGGAUAAUGCGGCUGGGCGUCUGAAGGGUGCUGCAGCUGCAUCAGAGCUCGGCCGGAAUCCAGGUACAAAUGUGGUCUCACGCUUCGUCAAGGAUAUCUUGCAGGAUAAUGCGAACUUGCAGGUGGGGAUAAUGGAACUGCGAGAAAUGCUCGAGAGUUCGAAUAACGAGGUGCAAAACCUGCGUGAUCAAGUCCUGUCUCACCAGCCGCUGGCCGGCAUUGGUGAAGAUGAAAACGCCGAGCCUUCUGCAUCUACUACCCUGAGCGAGGAACUGGAGUCGAAAGAGCGUCGUGUGUCACAAGAAUUUCACAUCCACCACCAUUAUCAUACCCCGACAUCAUCGAAAAAGGACAAAGCCACUCUCAACCGUCGCGUGAAGAAGAAACGACCUAAUCUCGGAAGCCCUGCGCCUUUACACUCUGUCAUGGGAACCCACUCUCCUCGACGCUCUAUCCAUCGCUCUCAAUCCUCCGGCUCAUCUAUGAACACUAUCCUGUCUCAAACAUCCGUCUCAAUCCCACCGCCAUCUUCUUCCCGCCGCUGGUCGCUGCAAACACCCCCAGCAGACUCAUUGGCAAGCUCUCCGCAAUCCGCGUUCCGCGCAUCAUCUAUAUUUGACCGCAUGGAUCAUGGGUCCGAAUUCUCCCAACCUACCAGCCCCGGCAGCACCGUCUUCUCUUCUCCUCUGAUGGCAGCACGCAACUUCAAAGGCUUCGACAUGCCAAUUCGGCCCAUGGGAGGGCUCGAUACCGAACCACCCGACGAUUCAUCCGGUCUUUUCAAUGAAGAUCAGUACGACCGACCAGCCUACCUCGAUCUGUGCGAUGGGGUUACUGCACACCCUGCCAUCCCCGAAGAAUCCGAGUCAUCGCCAUCAGGAGAAUACUCCCAGUCUAUUGCAGGGGACCCUCAGUCCGAAAAUGUCUUCGACAUGCAAAUGCAAUACGCACCUCUCCGAAAGUCUGCAUCGCACGAUAGUCUAUUGUCCGUAGCAGGAAUGGACAUCCACACACCCACAACCCGCCACGCACGCAUGGGCGAUUGGCACCCCGGCAUGCGCAUCCCCCAACGCAUGGUCUCUCCCUGCAUCGCGCUUGUCUCGACCCCACCCGUCCUCUCAGCACCCAUCAUCACAGCAGACCGCGCAAAGGCACCCGAUCAAUCGUCUCGCUCGCUGCUAGCUUCCAUGGCCGCAGGAAACAGCCUGGCCUCUGAAUCCGCUUCCAUCGGGUCGACAGAUAGCACCAGCUCCACCGCAACCCCAGUCCCACGCAAGUCAGCCACUUUGGGCCGUCGCGUGGGAGGUUGGGUCCUUGGGCGUUGGGGCAUGGCGCCUGUCUCAUCAGAUGGGAGCCAACCUCCACCUAUCGAGUCACCAGCUGGCUCGGAAGCUCCAACGCCAACUCCGAAUGCAGCUUCAACGCCGAUUACAGCUUCAACGAAUAGAAACCCCCCACCCCUCCACUUCAGGUUCCCAGGCGUGAACCAGAAAGGCCCCAUAAUGGGUCUCCGUCCUCCACCUCAACCCCCUAUACGCAUUCACCCGCAGGAUGUAGACGAGGACCUCUUACGAGAAAGUCUCGCCGAGUGA